ACUCAAUAUAUACACAACACUACCGACUCCGCUAUGCUAUUCAUUACUACUCUUCUCGUUAUGUUGUAAUAAUAUUAUUUAGUGGCUCGUUCUGUCGACAAAUUCACAUUAUUAAUCGACCUGCUGCAAGACUGACAUGUUACGCUUUAAUAAGAGAAAGCGAGGCUCCUUGGCCGUGAAGCGCUCCAUCCUCCGCGACGAGGGCAGCAGGCAGAGGGAGGACCCGGCCGAGUGUGUGCGCAGGUCGUGGGAGCGCUGCGGGGAUGCUUUCGCCGAAACGCCGGCGGUCAAGGAUGAUUUCUCCUCUCUGGAAAAGAAAAGUACAAAGCAGGCAGUUCCUUAUGUGUCAAGUGCUGCUGAGUGCCACCAGUUGGAGGGACAGGAUGUGCACAUCGCUUGGAGCUCCAGUGAGAGUGACGUGUCAGACAGUGAAGCCAAACGUCCUGCUGCCAGGGGAGCCUCGGUUGGGGGGGGGCCACGCCUGCAGGCUGUGCGAGACUCCUACAACGCAUAUCUCCGCAUGAUCACCACCAUCACCCAACCCCAGCAAGAAGAACAGCAGGAGAUUGAGUGGGAGAGCGACUGCACAGAGAAGGGAGGCGACAGCGAGGUGGAAAUCUCAGACUGUGAGUCUGUGUCACAGCAUGGGGAUGAUUCUCCGAAAGGCUCUGCGGGGGCCGACGUGGAUAUCUCGGACUGCUCCUCUGGUCCGGGGAGCCCGACAGCCACGACCCAUGCUGGUGAUUACCGGGGUCCAACCCCCGGCGGCGGCGGUGAUGGCGAGAGGUCCGCCAGUCACUGGGCCAGAUCUCUGCAGGCACUCCUGAAGACGCCGCAGAAGCAGGAAGAUAGGUCAUUCAGGACCCCAGAGGACUCUGCAAAAAAGAAAAGGACAUUUCUCAGGGGUGGCCUGGCAGAGAGGCUGAGCAAGCUGCUGCGCAGGCAGAGGUCGGCCGUCAGCUUCUGGAGGCACCAGACCCUCACUGAGAGCGGGGGCCCCGCAGAUGCCAAACCUGGUGGCCUGGUCCUGGAGCUCCAAGCCGUGUGGGAGGAGUGUGGCCUGCGGCUGGCACUGUGCCGGCCCUCGGAGCCCCAGCCCCCACAGGAAGGUGGGCCUAGCGGCCAGCUGCUGGUCCUGUUUGACAGGGACACGGCCGCCCACCUCCUGGCAGCCCCUGGGGACAGGGUCCACGUGCGCGCCCCAUGGCAGAAGCUGACCAUUGAGGGCCAGAGCACCACCGUCAUCCUUAACACACACUUCAGCCUGAAGGCACCACCGCGUGAGGGCGAUGUGGGCACAGCCCACGCCUGGCCUGCAGUGGCUGCCCGCUUCCCGUGCCCUCUGGCUCGCGCGUUCAGCCUGGCGCACAGGAGCCAGCUCCUCCAUUGCAAGGAGGCCGCAGGCUCGUCCUGCCAGCCCCCUGCCCGGGAUCCAGAGACCUGCGACUCCCUCCUGGACCUGAUGGAAGCUCGGGGCCGGGCCGGCUGCUUGGACCUCCAGGUCGAAGUUGUGGUGCAGAGGGUAUACUGCCUGCCUCUUCCCGAGCCCCGCCUCCGAGCAUCGCUUCCGUGCCUGGGCCCUGAGGCCGUGCCGUCUGCACCCACCCUCAGCAGGUUGUGCCUCCUGGUGCAGGACGUUUACGGUGUCUUCUGUGAAGUUCAGCUGCACACAGUGUCCCCGGAGGUGGACGAUGUACCACGCUGCACCCGCGAGUGGGAGGGCCGGCUGUGCGUGCUGAGAGGCGUCAAGACAGUGCAGAGGCUGACACGGGCAAGGUCCACCUGGCUAUUCAGCUUGAUCGACAGCCUGUGGCCCCCAGCCGUAGCCCCCCGAGGGCCCGGAGCCAGCCAAGCCUGCUUGCAGGAACCGGCCAGGCUGCAGCCCCCCAACUUCUGCUACCUGCUAAAAGGGGGCUGUGGCCAGGGGGCCGUGCAGGUACUGCGGGGGGGGUCCAGCCAUGAGCUGUACUUGCCAGCCGUGCCACGCAGCCUGAGCAACGUCCUGCAGGGUGUUUCACAAGGCCAGCGCUGCACCUUCACUGCCAGCGUAGUAUAUCAUAGGCAGAAGAGUGCGACUGAGGGCCCCUGCGAGUUCUGGCUUUUUGUCACAGACUCCAGCCUGCAAGAUGGUGAGCUACAGAGAACCGUACCUGUGUACAUCAGCGGCUCCUGUUCGCUUCUGCCAGAUGCGGCCCGAGCUCUGCAGGCACCUUCACCUACCACCUGCUGCCUGACCUUCAGGGACGCCAUUAGGGAGCACGGUGCAGUGCUGUGUGCCGAGCGAUCCUUGGUCCAGCUGCAUGCUCUGCAGGAUUCAGCCCCUGUCCUGGCCUGGCUUGACCCCCUGGGGCCCGACGUGGCCGUGAACACGCUGUGCUCUGUCCGAGGUGUCAUUGUUGGUGUGGAUGAGAAUACGGCCUAUUCCUGGCCAACCUGUAACCUGUGUGGCAGUGAGCAGUUGGAGGCAGAUCCUGCUGGACACAGCCCCGGGUUCUUCUGCCGUCUCUGUGACGUGCCACUGAAGGAGCCCGUGCUGAAGAUGCAGCUGGAGGUCUUCCUGAGCUGUCCCUCGCUGAGCCAGUGCACAGUAAAGAUGAAGUUGAUACAAGAAACCAUCCAGGCCAUCCUGAGCUGGGCGGAUUGCGGCCAUGAGGGCUACCAGGUGGAGGGAGUUCUAGGGGCGGAGGUGGGCCCCCUCUCCGCUUACGUCCGCGUGGUGAUGGGCCGGCCAGCAACCUGGAUUGGCCUGGAAGAAAUCAGCAUAUGCAGCAGAGUGUCACACCAGGAGGGGGGGCCGAGCCUGAGCACGGUCACCUGCAAUAGAGGAGAGAGACACACGGCAUGCGGCCAACACCCUCCCCAACCUGCUGUCCCCCGCUAAAGUUCAGAGGGGUCUAGCCGUGGCCUGCUGUACCCUGCCGACACUGGGACCUUUGACCCACACUCUCCUGUCUCCAGUAAUAGAUAGCUUCACUUUUCUGCCUUUGGCUGUUUCGCAGGGGGUCUGCACAUAGUGUAAUUGCAGCAGUUUGUUUCAGAAGAGACAUGGCUUUCAAUCAGGCCUGCAUCAAUACACACUUUUAUUUUUUCUUGAGUGAUCUUGCCAGUGGCUGUGAAUCUGAUAAAUGUCCAUGUUGCUGUGCUAAAAAACACACCUGACUCUCAUACAUGCCUGCUAUACCAUUUCUGUACCCUGUGUUAAUGUUCCAGGUUUACAAUGUAAAGACAUGAAAGUAUGACCCACACAAGCAUAUCUGAUAGAGUGAUUUACUGGGGUCUUGCAGUCAUUUACAAGAAGCCUUUUCUCAGAGGGCAGCAGGACAUAUUCAAGCCACUGGUCACCCCAAGGCCCUGGUGACCUUUGAUCCCACUGUUUUCACACCUUGCCGUGGUUUGCAUUUAUUGCAACUUUUCCCUCAGCCACCCAAAUCACCAUCCCAUGUACAGAUGACAUGAAAGCAGUUUUAUUUAGAUUUUACUUACAAAAAGUCAAAAUUAUGUACAAACAAUAAAAAAACCAAACAUG